AUGGGUCGAAGAAAUCAAGGCCGUUUUAAUUCAGGACGGAGACGUCGCCAAAGACGACCGAAUAGACGUUGCAAUUCAUCAUCAAGAAGUAAUAUGAUGAAUAACGUAAAUUACGACGACGAUUUAAAUGAUUCAAGUCGUUUGAACACUCCACAUCAAAAUUCAUCAACAAUAAAUCGAAAUUUUACAACAUCAGUCGACCAAUUCCUUAAAAAUUUGAAUGAUCAAAAUAACACAUUGCCACAAGAACAACUCAGUCAAAAACAAAAUAGAAAAAAGACACAGAACGCUUUUCUGUAUGAAAAAGAAUUAAUUCAUAAAAAGCAAUCCUUACUACUGUUUUUACCAGAACAAACACAACGACUUGCAGUAACAAAUCAGUUUCAAAAUAAAGAAGGACAAUUAAAUUAUUUGCUUGACGAAUAUUCACACGAAACUAUUCCUCAAGAAUGGAAACCAGCGAGUACUGAACUAUCUAUUGAAAUUUAUCAGCAUGCUUUUACUACAUGUGAAAAAAAACUUAUUAAUAAUUGA